UCAACUUUGAAGCGCCAAGUCUUGAGACUGAAGGAAAAUGGCGAUUUGAGCUUUUAUAUAUGUUGUAAAUAGUGCUUUUAAUAUCACAUUUUAUUCAUACUCCGUGUAUUUCAGUUAGUGUGGAGGUGAAAAAGUAGGUCUCUUGACCGUCCGGGGUAAAUGUGCACUUUUACAGCAAGUCAGUUGUGUUUGAGUUGUAUUUAGCUCCUGUGCUAAGUCCACCAUAAGUUUCUUGCUAAUGAGGCCAGACAGGUAAACUAGAAUGUUUUUGAGAAAACCCAGUCUCCACUUCUGUAUGUGUUUUGUCGAGUCAGACUUUAGAUUGAACAAAUACUGACGUCAUUUAACAUGAUUAAUGCAUUUAUUAGCAGGGAAUGAUGGCCGCUCAUAAUGUUGUUUUUGCUGUCGAUGUGGACUGUCUGUCUGAAGAGCUCAACCUGCCAAGAGACUCAGAUCUGAGUUAUUUAAAGCGGUGGAUAUUAAAAAUCCUGCUUUCCUUAGGCAGUAAGUAUGGUUUCGAGAAUGUGCGGUGGGGUUACAAGUUUUUCCAUUCAAGGACUGUAAAAAGUGCAAGUCUUCUAACAAGAGGCACAGAUUUCAAAGAACUUGAGGAGAAAGCUUUCAGGGAUUUCGAAGGAGAAUUAAUCCAUAAAGUUGGUGUCAAUCAAAAAUCCUCUGAUGAGCAGAACAGACUGCGACCGAGCCCAGUGAUCUGUGUGCAGAACACACUAAAGGAGAUCCUUUUGGACUUCCAGUGGGACAGACCAGACAUAACUUCUCCCACGAAACUCUCACUGCGGCCCAGGAGGUCAACCAGGAAUGCAACAAAUAUUCCCUUGGCAGAUGAUGAUCUUUCAUUCCAAGGGAAAAAUGUUGUGUUUGUGGUCUCGGAGUGUCCAUAUUCCAGAAGAGAAAUGAUGGCGUUUUUGCAGCCGUGCAGCUGGGAUGUUGGAAAUCAUCAGGAUUUACCUGAGCUUAUCCUACCAAAAGGUCUAAUAGACAUGCUAGUUCAUCGGAAAGUUGUCCUGCACUGGGCUGAUUACAGUUCUUCUCAGGUUAAUAAUGACUCUGAUGACUAUACUGGCUUGAAAACCAUCAUGGAGGCACUGCAGCCGGUAGCUGGAAAAGUGAUUCCUGUGCUCACUCCUGCUAUGAAAGUGAAGCAUAAAUAUCCUAACCUGAGCGCCAGGGACAACAAGGGAGUACUUGCCUUUCCAACCGGCUCAAGUACAGGAUACAUUUUGUCCUCUGAAAAGCUCUAUAAGCGAGCCUUUCCAGCUCUCGCAGGAACGCUUUGCUGGGGUGCAGCAGAUGAGGACAAACAGACCUGCAAUGUUUCACUGGAGCCCGUGUCGUGUAGACAGAGGUGUCUGAGUGUUCCUGUAGAGGUGACUCUCAGAAGUGUGCUGCAUGGCCUGGACACCUGCUGUCUCAGUCAGUCAGCUUCAGAGUGUUGGGUCUUGUUUUGCCCUCCAAAAUCAGAAGAUGAUCAAGUUGCUUUUCAGACUCUCUUUAAGGAGCUUUUCAUUCUCGCUUCUGACAUGCUAGUAGAGGUCAGUGAAGGAGGUCAGGUUCAUUCUGCAGUACUGUCAGUAUUGUCCUCCAAUCUGGCUCUUCUGACAGUUCUCUACAGUGAGGCGGCUUUGAGUCCAUGCCUUGUUCCCUCAGAAACUGCAGACCUUCCUGAUCCCUCAGACCUGCCUGAUAUUGUCAGUAGUGUUCUCAAAGACAUCAUGAAGGAUGAAGAUAUCUCAGAACAACCGAGUCCACAUCAGAUUCCUGAGUGGGCAUCUCAAGAGCUUCAGCAGUGGACUAAUCGAACAGCAGACCUUGCAGAGGGUUGGUUUCUUCUAUCUGACCAAUCUGGGAUUAGUUGCCAUUUGAUGGAGUCAAUGAGGCUUCUUCAUGCUGCUCCAGAGGAGCAAGAACAAACAGAAGAUGACACGCAAGAGCUGACAAACAGCCUAGCAGAGCUCUAUCAAAAUAAUAAAGAUGGACCCAGCAGUGGCUUAAAAGGGAAAAAACGAGGUACUCAGCGUACGCCAGUUCGCCAGAAGAUGAAGACCAUGAGUCGCUCGUUGCAGAUGCUGAAUGUUGCUCGCUUUAAUGUAAAAGCACAAAAGAGUCAGACAGAAACAGAUUCUUCCAGCACUGCCAAAGGCACAGAGAAGCGAGGCAAGAGACGCUCCAGUGAAAGGAGCAGACCUGGUCCCAUGCAUUUUAAAAAUGAAGAGGAACUGCUUUCCCAUUUGAACCUGAGAUAUCAACAGGCUGUGGAGAAUAAGAGCGUCGCUCCCAUCACUCAAGUGCAGGAUCUGCUCUCAGUGGUGGAUACCUUCGUGAAAAGUAACGUCAAUACAGGGGCUUCAUUCUUAAAUAUAAUCAAGAAGACCCUCUUAAAAAGCACCCAGUCCAUUCGUCAGCUCUAUGGAAGUACUGCAGAUGCUGAGAGUAAAAUCCGAGAUUGUCAGCUCCAGGUAGUUCUCAGACUUGAGCUGUGUAAACCGAUGUCUUCAGAUGAUCAAGAUCACGUGGAGCAGAUGGUGGAGGAGGUGGCUGGAAUGCUGCGGGUGAUAUCUUUGACAAAAGAUCCUGUUUAUCUGUCAAAGUUCAUGCAGGAGGAAGUUUUGCCAUUGUACCUGACUGGCACACCUAAGGUCCUGGCAGAUGUCUACAACAGUCUUGGCACGCAGCUGCCUGAGCAGCUUGUUGCAGUCCUGCCUGCUGAUUUUUUUAGUGAUGACUCAAUGGCAAAGGAAAGCGUUUCUGUAAGUCCCUCACCAGUGCCAGGCUCACAGCGCCUGGUCUCCAGUGUUGGAGAUCGGCUUGAAGAGUUACGCAAUCGCUCUGCUAAAAAGAGAAGAACUAGCGUGCUUACACGUCAUAAGAGCAUGACAGAGGCCCCGCAGAACCUCCGGCAAAUAGAGAUGCCCAGGAAAUCCACAAGACAAGCAAAACCAAAGGAAUGUAUUCCUCCAGAAAAGCUUAAUGUAGGAGUCCAACCAACUCAAAAACAAACAGUUCAAGAAGUGACCAAGGUGAGGAGAAACCUCUUUAACCAGGAGACAAUGUCAUCCCCAAAGAAAGCAAAAAUGCCUCGGAGUCAGUCUGUAUCAGCAGUAGAUAUAAUGAAGAAAAAGAAGCGAUCACAGAUGAAAGAUGGACAAAACCCUUUACUAUCAAAAAAAGUAUCCGAGACCCCCCUGCAUAAACAAGUAUCAAAUCGUCUAUUAUAUAGACAAAGGAAAAGCAGGAAUUCUGGUGACUCUGAUCUGGUCAUUGUUGAGGAGUCUCCAGUUAAACCUGCUACGGAUUUAAGGAGGAGUCCUAGAAUAAAAAAACUAGCAGAGAGAUAUUCCAGUGUCUUCUAUUCAAGCUCACAACCACGCUCUCGAAAUUUGAGUAGAGCCUUGUCCUCUUCACAGCUUCCAGUCUUGGAAAGUAAAGGUGGUAUUAAUAUUAAGGAUGUUAAGUCACCACUGAGACUUCUUUUUGGUGCUGCUGAGUCCCCCGCUCGCCCUUCCACAUCCAGAUCAAUCAUUAGAGAUGCUGAAGUUGAUCGGCUUGGGUCUCCAGAUUCUGUCUUUGAGAAUUGCAAUAAAACUCCAAAAAGAUCUCCAUACAAACAGCUUGGUUCUGUAGCUGAGAGCAGAACUCCCAGGACACCCUGUUCUUCCUACAAAGCUCAAAGUUGUUUCUUCCCUAAGAGCCCAGGCUGUGCUGUUGGAGAGAAUGGUAUGGUCCUCCGAGGAAGUCCAUUUAGAUCUCCUACUUUAAAAGGUUUAGUUGUGGAAACACCAAAGACAAGCCCACUGAAGGGCAUUCUUAAAACCCCUGUGAAAAGCUGUAUGGAAUGUGGGUCCCCUUCUGGCCCCUUUGUUAAGAGUCCUAGCAUCAAAACCCCAAGGAAAAGUGUGACUUGGUCUCCGCCUCCAAGGAAAGGGUUGCCAGAACAACAAUUUAAAGUCCCAGAUUCUCCAGUUUCCUCUGUGAGAUGUUCCCCAAGAUUGAUCACACCAAGCAAACUUUGCAGAGAUCUGGGUGAUAUUUCCAAAACUCCCGAGAAAUCAAAUCCACAAAAAAGCAAGGUAUCCCCUAAAAUAACACAAAGAGUACCUGAAAUUGCUAGGAAUGUUGGCAUUGAAGAACCCCAGCUGAGACAGAGGUCAGAGAAAAUUAGAAGAACAUUAAGUUUGUCAGAGAAAAGUGAUGUGCAAAGUCCAGAUAUUCUUUCCUAUGAUCAUCAAUCACCAAAAACACCUAGUAAAAGCCCUGGACCAACACAUCCAAUGUGUACUCGUUCUGGAAGGACACCUCUUAAACGUUCCUCUACUCUGCCCCUAACUGAUGGGUCUUCCUCCAGACAAGAUAACUCUUCACUUCAUAAAGGGAGAUCACCAGAGCCAACAAUCGGAUCAUCAUCUGGCAGUCAUACACCUGCUAGCACAAAUCACCCAAUGACUUUGACAAAUGAGGCAGAGCAUAAUCAGGCCCUACAUCGUGAGACUUGGACAACAAAAUAUAUUGAUGGACAGAAUGAAAGCAUUCCGAUGAUAGAGGAGGCAUCAUCCUCAGAUACCCAACAAUUUGACUUCUCACAAUUCAGUGCUACUUCUACAGAAGAGAGCAUUGAUAUUGCAGAAGCCUCUGUAGUGAAGACAAAAUUAACUGGUGGUAUUAAGAUGAACAUUUCCUUCUCACGGAAGUCAUCUAAGGUCUCGGAGGUUUCUGAAUUCUCAGGCACACCAACAUUUCCUGCCAAAAGUACACAAGGGUGUAGUAGAUACGGCUUCCGUCAGACUCCAGAUCGGCAGCAAAGAAUGGCAGCAGCACGGCUCGGUUAUUCUCCUGGGCUUCAAGUGUUCUCCAGUCCACGAGCCUCAGGAACACCUGUGCAUAAAAAGAAGCAGCCUGUUGAACCCAACCCUCUUACUUAUCAAGUAGAAUUGGAAAUGCAGGCAUCAGGUUUACCGAAGCUUAAGAUCAAACGUACUGACUCUUUCAAUUCAGGUGAAACAUCUGAUUAUGCAGCCAAAGGGCAGGUUUUGCUUAUAAAUAACAAGCCAUCUAGAGUUGAUAGCCCACUUACACAUUGUUCCAAACAUCGAGAACCUAGUUGUAUAUCUCCGUCUCUUUGCACACCUGGAAAAGGAGGCGUCCAGAAAUAUAUAUGCCAGUCAAUCACUCCUACAAGGCUGCUGACUAAUAGCCCUUCUCCUCUGGGUUCUGGGGAACACAUGGCUUGGACCCCAUCUCCUCAGAGCCGAGGAAGGUCAACCCCAGAGAACUUCAGGACUUGGCCUCGCAAGAAAAAGGCAAGGACAGGUUUGUUGGGGACCAAGGAGAUCAAGGAAGGGGCAGAGAUUUUGGAAGACCCAGAGCUUGAUGGUGUGUUCAGACUACCAGGGACAGAAGAGCCUAAGGAGUUAAGGGAUGCUUCUGCUUUUAACUACACAUUAGGAAUUCCAUCCAAGCUCUGCUCUUCAGAGGAGAUGGACUGGGCAGAAUCUGUGGUGCCUAACUGUGACAAAAGAGACAGUGUGAAAUGUGAAGAGUUGUCAUGGAUAAGUGGGAACGGAUCACUUGGCUCAGUGGUCACCCCUCCACACGCCAAAGUGAAGAAACCAGUUUCUGCGAGCGGAAUCCUCGCUCUCACUCAGUCACCCCUUUUAUACAAAGGGAAAAAGGCCUCUGUUACCAAGGAAACUAUGCAAUCUGGCGAAUCAAGUGGAAACCUGGAGCAGUACAGUAGUCAGGGCAUGCACACGUUUAACAUCUCACCUCUUAGCCAACCCCGGAGACGCCAGGCUUGUGGUAGGACGUAUAGCCGGAAGAGACUGCUGGACCAAUAAGGUUUUGAUUAACCUUAUCACCUUGUGAUGUCGCUGUAUAUUAUUUGUUUUUCUGUUUCAUUGUAUUAAUUGCUUUUUAUUCUUUAUGUGGACUGUAGUAUUUUAUGCACUAUUGUAUAUAUUUUUAAUUAUGUGAAAAAUCUCAAAAUGGUCAGAUAUUUCAUAUCUCUUCAGUUUGUGUGAGGUCCAAUUUUAAAUUUUCUUGAAUUAGUAGAUUGUACAUUUUUCUGCAAUUGAAUUCUCUUCUCCUGCUUCCCUUGUUGAUGAUGAAUUUCUUAAUUGCAUCUUCUAUGUAACGGAGCACAGAUCUUCUGGUGAUAACUUUUAAACUGUAUAAUAUUAAUGACUGGUAAAUGCUGACAAAGAAUGUGCCAUGUUUACUUUCAUUUCUUGUGUCAUGUCAGUGGUGCUAUUUUUAUACUGUACACAAAAGAAAAGUGUUAUUUCUAUUGCUCAUUUUGUCAUCUCUGGCUAAGUAGAAAAAAUAACUGCAAAAAUGUUGAACCAUCACUUUCGGGUACUUGGUAUUCAUUAUUCUAUCAUAAACAGUGAAAU